AUGGAGGAUAAGAAGAAAGAAAUAGUUUCUAAACUAUCGGUUGACAGUGAUUUGCGGGUAGUAAUUUCCACAAGUGCUCUGGGAAUGGGUGUAGAUGUGUCAGCAUGUCAAAACAACAUCUUGUAUGGACCCCCAUAUUCCAUUGUGGAUUUUCUCCAGGAAACCGGGAGGGCAGGAAGGGAUGGAACUAAUUCAGUGGCACUGAUAAUGUACAACAGGUACCAGACAAGAAAUAUUGACGAUGAUGUAAAGCAAGUUAUCAGAUCAAAUUCCUGUAGGAGAUUGUCCAUAAUGGAUAAAUUUGCAUCCGCCAAACACAUGAACAAGAUAGAAAAACAGACAAACUUGCACACUUGUUGUGACAUUUGUGCUAACUUUUGUAAAUGUAACAGCUGCUGUGUAUCUCCACUGGAGAAGCUGCUUCAUUUCUCACCUUUAGAUGACCAUGAUCAGCAAGAAGAGAGUGACAGUGACACCUAA